AAAAUGGGCUUACCGAUCUUUAACUAAGGUUUUUUAGAACUUGGUUUGAACUGGGUUUUUCCACCACGUAUCAGCAAAAAAAAGCACAAGAUUUUUUUCUUUUUCUCUUUUCUUUUCUCUUUUGUUUCUUCGUCUUCUCCGUCGAAACUUCUCAACUCUCCUGUUAAACACGUGAGUGACUCCAGGCUUCUUCCUGUUCCUAGCCAUAACCGCCGCCGAGUAAAUCGCCGCCAUUCUUCCCGGAGCAUCCCGGCCCAGACCGAAGACGAGGAAGUUGGCCGGAGCUAGCUCUUUCAAGACGUUGAAGGAGAUCGAGAUCUCGUGGAUGUUUUGUUGUGGGGUUAUGGUGAAGGUCGCGUAGUGGACGAUGGCUUGGAGCUGGAUCGGUGUCGCUGAGUUAACGGAAGCAUCUGUUGAUCGCGUCGUCGGCUGAUCGUAUGAAGGAUAUAUACUGUUAGAGGAAAAACGCGUCGUCGGCUGAUCGUAUGAAGGAUAUAUACUGUUAGAGGAAAAACGCGUCGUCGGCUGAUCGUAUGAAGGAUAUAUACUGUUAGAGGAAAAACGCGUCGUCGGCUGAUCGUAUGAAGGAUAUAUACUGUUAGAGGAAAAACGCGUCGUCGGCUGAUCGUAUGAAGGAUAUAUACUGUUAGAGGAAAAACGCGUCGUCGGCUGAUCGUAUGAAGGAUAUAUACUGUUAGAGGAAAAACGCGUCGUCGGCUGAUCGUAUGAAGGAUAUAUACUGUUAGAGGAAAAACGCGUCGUCGGCUGAUCGUAUGAAGGAUAUAUACUGUUAGAGGAAAAACGCGUCGUCGGCUGAUCGUAUGAAGGAUAUAUACUGUUAGAGGAAAAACGCGUCGUCGGCUGAUCGUAUGAAGGAUAUAUAUUGUUAGAAAGAUCGUGUGUGUAUUAGCUUUGUGGUAAUAAUAAUAAUCAUCAUCAUCAUCAGAAGGAUCCGAGUCUCCAGGUUCAGUUGCUGGAGUACGAUAUGAGGUUUGAGAGAUAUGGAAGUGAGUUCACGUUUUAUGAUUACAACGAACCUGAAGAUUUACCGUUGGAGCUUAAACAUUGCUUCAACAUAAUCGUUGCAGAUCCUCCCUAUUUGGGGAAACUGAUGGAGAUUCAUUUUAGUGGAAAGGGAAAUAUAUGCGGAGCAAAACUUGAAACUUUUCUGCUAGAAAAGUCAAGAGUAGUGCAGGUGUCCAAUGGCGAGAGAUCCUACCAUAUCUUUUAUGAAUUGCGUGCAGGUGCUUCACCAAUUCUUAAAAGUAACAUUUUAAACCGAAAUAUCUAAGAACUGAUUCAGGUAUUUGAUUGGUUU